AUGAGCUGGUUCAACGCCUCGCAGCUGUCCAGCUUCGCCAAGCAGGCGCUGUCGCAGGCCCAGAAGUCCAUCGACCGGGUGCUGGACAUCCAGGCCGAGGAGAGCCCCUGGCCCGACGCCGUCAUCCCCGACUACGGCGACGGAACAAAUUCUCUCAUAAGUGGAGGAUGGGAUACAUCUUCCUGGGGCUUAAGUUCGAAUACAGAACCACAGAAUCAGCCAAUAUCACCAACAGCAAUCACUAAGCCAGUGAGGAGGACGGUAGUAGAUGAAUCUGAAAACUUCUUCAGUGCCUUUCUCUCUCCGACAGACGUUCAGAGUAUACAGAAAAAUCCAGUGGUGUCCAAACCUCCAGCCAAAUCACAGCAUCCCAAAGAGGAGGUGAAAAGCACUUUAAAGGAGUCUCAACACCCCAGUCAGCUGGAAGUACCAGAGACAACAGAGGCAGAAGUGAAGGAUUCCUCUGUACCUGGCCUGGUGGACUUGAAAAACCUCGAUAUUCCCAUGGAGAAACUAGAAGAGAAUUCUGUGCUUAAAUCUAAUACCAAGCCUAAAGAAAGCACAAAUGAAGUUACUGACAAAAAGGUGUCUGCUCUAAAUUUGGAAGUACCUGGAGAUGCUCUUAAUGAAAAAUCCAGUGUAGGAGGGGAUGGGACGGGAGGUGCACCGGAUAGCACUUCGCAGCCUCUUAAUGCAGGUACAAAAGACAUGGGUUUGGAAACUAAGGAGCGAAAGACUGAGGACAGGCAGAGCAAUACACCAUCACCUCCAAUUAGCACUUUCUCCUCGGGGACAUCCACAACUAGUGAUAUUGAAGUUCUGGACCAUGAAAGUGUAAUAAGUGAGAGCUCAGUAAGUUCAAGACAAGAAGCUGCAGAUUCAAAAUCCAGUCUUCAUCUAAUGCAAACAUCAUUUCAGCUUUUAUCUACAUCUGCCUGUGCAGAUUAUAAUCGUUUAGAUGACUUUCAAAAAAUGACCGAGAGCUGCUGCUCUUCUGAUGCUUUUGAAAGAAUUGAUUCAUUUAGCGUACAGUCUUUAGAUAGUAGAAGUGUAAGCGAAAUAAAUUCAGAUGAUGAGUUACCAGGCAGGGCUUCUGCGUCAGCAUCUGUCGCUGUCAGUCCUUCUGCGCCAAAGACAGAAACGGUUGAUGCCCUUAAAAAUAAAUCUGAAAACUUGAAUGACACUCCUGUUUUACAUGCUGAGGAAGCAGAGAUGGAAGAGAGUGGGAGAAGCGCGACCCCUGUUAAUUCUGAGCAGCCAGAUGUUUUGGUUGCUACUGCGCAAACUGUUGAAGAACAGAUUGUGAAAGAGGAGACUGAGCCACAGCAGGAUGCUGUUGAAAAAUUGUUAGAAGACGACGCUGAAAAGCAAGACCUUAAAAAGGUAACUAUGAUUGAUUCAUUAACUGAGAAACUGGAGAAGAGGGAAAUACAGUUAUUAAGUACUAGUAAAGAAAAGGCGCGCCUGGAAGAAGCUUAUGAUAACCUAAAAGAUGAAAUGUUUAGAAUGAAAGAAGAGAGCAGUAGCCUUUCAUCUCUUAAAGAGGAGUUUGCGCAGCGAAUUGCGGAUGCUGAAAAGAAGCUCCAGCUAGCCUGCAAAGAAAGAGAUGCAGCUAAAAAGGAAGUAAAGACUGUUAAAGAAGAACUGGCUACUAGACUUAAUACUAAUGAAACUGCUGAAUUACUGAAAGAAAAAGAAGAGCAAAUCAAAGGAUUAAUGGAGGAAGGAGAAAAGCUUUCCAAACAGCAGCUGCAUAAUUCCAACAUUAUUAAGAAAUUAAGAGCCAAGGAGAAAGAAAGAGAAAAUAUUAACACAAAACAGAACAAAAAGAUUAAGGAAUUGGAAGAGGAGUUGCAGCAUUUAAAACAGGUGCUUGAUGGCAAGGAAGACCUUGAGAAGCAGCAUCGAGACAGCAUUAAACAACUGAACAGUGUUGUAGAGCGACAAGAAAAGGAUCUUGCUAAACUUCAGGCAGAAGUGGAAGACCUUGAAGAACGAAACAGAAGUGUCCAGGCAGCACUUGACAGUGCAUACAAGGAACUUGCAGAUCUUCAUAAAGCUAAUGCUACAAAGGACAGCGAGGCACAAGAAGCAGCCCUAAGUCGGGAAAUGAAGGCAAAAGAAGAGCUUGGGUUAGCUCUGGAGAAGGCCCAGGAUGAGGCACGGCAGCAACAAGAAGCCUUGGCAAUUCAGGUGGCAGACCUGAGGCUAGCGCUGCAACGUGCAGAACAGCAGGCAGCAAGAAAAGAAGACUAUUUACGCCAGGAAAUAAGUGAACUACAACAGAGACUCCAAGAAGCAGAGAGCCGGAACCAGGAACUAAGUCAAAGUGUUACAUCUGCUACACGGCCACUUCUCCGGCAGAUAGAAAAUCUGCAAGCCACACUGGGAGCGCAGACCUCUGCGUGGGAAAAAUUGGAAAAGAACCUUUCUGACAGACUUGGUGAAUCUCAAACUCUUUUAGCAGCAGCUGCUGAGCGAGAACGGGCUGCUACAGAAGAACUUCUUUCUAAUAAAAUUCAGAUGUCUUCUACUGAAUCUCAGAAUAGUCUUUUAAGGCAAGAAAAUACACGCCUUCAGGCUCAGCUAGAAGUGGAGAGAAACAGAUUGAAGAAAAUGGAAAAUGAAAACAGUAGGUAUGAGGUUGAACUAGAAGGGCUCAAAGAUGAGUAUGCAAAAACCUUGGAAGACGCAAAGAAAGAAAAGACACUGCUAGCUACUCAGUUAGAAAUGGAGAAGAUGAAAGUUGAACAGGAAAGAAAGAAGGCAAUUUUCGUGCAAGAAGCAGCAAAGGAAAAGGAUCGGAAGUCAUUUACGGUUGAAACUGUUUCAAGUACUCCAACUAUGUCACGCUCUAGUUCCAUAAGUGGAGUUGACAUGGCAGGUCUUCAGACAUCUUUCCUCUCACAGGAUGAUCCUCAUGAUCACUCAUUUGGGCCGAUAGCUACUAGUGGGAGCAAUCUUUAUGAUGCUAUAAGGAUGGGAGCAGGUUCAAGUAUAAUUGAAAACCUUCAAUCACAGCUAAAACUAAGAGAAGGAGAGAUUUCACAUUUGCAGCUGGAAAUUGGAAACCUUGAGAAAACUCGAUCAAUAAUGGCAGAAGAACUGGUUAAAUUAACAAAUCAAAACGAUGAACUUGAAGAAAAAGUGAAGGAAAUACCAAAAUUACGUGCACAGUUAAAGGAUUUGGAUCAAAGAUACAAUACAAUUCUUCAGAUGUAUGGAGAGAAAGCAGAGGAAGCUGAAGAACUCCGACUGGAUCUCGAAGAUGUGAAAAACAUGUACAAGACUCAGAUAGAUGAACUUUUAAAACAAAGACAAAAUUAAUUCCUGCUGGAACUCUUAACAUUAUAUGAUAACAGAUUGUAAAGAUAAUUGUUUAUGUAAAUGCUAAAUUUAAAUGUCUUGUAAAAAAAAUAACUGUAUUAUAGAAAGUGUGACUAUAUAAUAGAUUUCAUAUGUUGGCAAAAAAAAUCAAUGCUUUAAGUGUCUUGUA